ACUGACACCCUGUGUUUUUCAUUAUCCGCACGUCUCAUGUAUUAGUCACUUUGCUAAAAAUUAAAAUUAUAUUUUUUACACACUAUUGUUGUAAACAUUGAAUAUUUGCGUGAUGACCGAAUUUGAGUGGCCCUGGGAAUAUACAUUUCCACCGUUUUUCACCUUACAGCCACAUGAAGAAACACGUAAUCAGCAAAUAAAAGUGUGGUCCGAUAUCUUCUUGCGAUACCUCAAGCAUUUAAACAAAUUCCAAGUGAACAUUAAUGAAAAUACAUUUCCACUUUUUCACAAUGACGACAUUAAGCGCCGCUUAUCGGCUGACACAAUAACGGUGAUAUUGGAGCACCUACAACUCACAGGUCAUGCAGCACCAUUAGAUAAACGACGCAUAGAAUGGCAGGUAUAUUGGUAUACACUGGAAGAAUAUGCAAAGAUGGUGUACGAUUGGAUCCAACAAACGGGACAAUUGAAUACGAUUUGUACAUUGUAUGAAAUAGCAUCGGGUGAGAACUCUGAGGGUACCGAAUUUCAUGGUGUCGAUGAGGCGGUACUACUAAAUGCGUUUCGGACACUCGAAAAUAAAGGCAAGUGUGAGGUGGUGCAAUUAGAUGACAGUUUUGGCGUCAAAUUCUUUUAAUUUUGGUGAUUUUAUAUUUUAAAUAUACAUGUGUAUAGUGUAAGUAUUCCUCACAUGACUGUUAAUGUGCUAGCACUGUAAUAAAAAUAAGAAAAAACGUUAAA